AUGGAUUCUGAUAGCAAAGAUAAUGUAAAGAAAACUGACAGCGAUCGGCAGAAUCAGGCCAAAAGAGAGGACAACAAACUGAAUAGGAAUUCGAAUCGCCGCCGGACGAAGGAUUCAGCUCGCGAGAGGAAAAAAAACGAGUUGCCGCCAGUUCUGAUGCCAAAGUUUCCGUCUCAAAGACUAGUUCGAAAGAAAAAGUCCAACGACAAAAUAGAUCAAAAAUGGACGGAUCGGGAGGAUGAGGAAGGGAUACCGCAGUGUCCGACGGACAAGUUUUUGGAGGACGAAGAAGAAUUGGGGGCGGAGCAAUGGAACGUGGAUAGAUGUCAAGAGCCGGAAGAGGAGGUAGAUGAGACUCAAGAUCAACAACCACCGGAUCAGUUAAUUGUGGAAGACAAUCUGAAACAGCCAGUCCCUGAAAAACCUUCACUGGUUCUAGAAAAACCGAUCCGUCCUGAAAAAUCACAAGCCAACCCAAAAGGCAAAGAAAAUCAAAGUGCGCGGAGCGAGCAUCGAAAAAGGGGAACGGAAAGUGACAGGAACAAAAAAGUGGACACCAAAAGACGUAUUUCGAAACGGUCAUCUGCUGAGAACAUAUUUUCUGAAGAAGGAGGAGGGGGCGGGAGGCAAAGUUUGAGAAAAUCCAGAAAAGUGACAACCAAGAAGAUUCAAAUAAAGACCAACAACAAUAAUGUGGUGAAGUCCAUCCAACAACCAACUCCAUCGCAAGAUCCUCCAAACAUCAGUUCUUCUCCGGAUAAUAAGCCAGAUCGGUUGAUAAAUAAUUGUGGUGGUCCAGAAAAAUCGACAGAUGAGAAGGUUCGAAAACCGCCUGUUCCCCCGACCCCACCGGUGGUUCCACCAACUCCGCCAACCACUGGGACUCCAAUUGCUCAAACCCCGCCUCUUCAAGUUUCAAUAACAAUGAAAAGGGAUCAAGGGUCUGCUGGAAUGAAGCCCAAAACAGCUAGCAGUGCACAAACAUCUCAACGUUUCGACACUCAAAAGAAGAAGAGAAAAAAUGGUUUUCUGAAGAGUGUCUAUAGAAAAACAAAGUUCUGGGGACGCAAAUCCGAUUGUGUUGCUGAUCCAACCACUGAAAUGCUCGCCAAGUCCUAUGUCCCUCCUGAGUACGAUAAAAGAAACGAGUUGGAUUUUAAACCAGACAUCAAAAAAUGGUUCAGUAGUUAUCCGGUUAACGACUACGUCACUCGUGUCAAGACCAAUUUGGCAACCAGCAAGGAUGACAUUUUCGUUAACAACCGUCCGUUUUGGUUAACCCGCCAACCAGGAGAUGAGUCGAUUCCAAAAGUUCGAAUCCAGCUGCACAAACCAUUGAAGCAAAUGUAUUUGAAAUGUCCAACUGAAAUUUUGCCGAAACAGAAUCGACAAAUUCCCUUUAAUGAUCCGAAGACUCAAAAUUGGAAAUUGCUGAAAAUGGUGGAUAAGUCGAUUGGGAUAGAGGAUGAUGAUUCGGCGAGAGUUCCGGAAAAGGAUCGGGCGGCAAAGGAUAAGGCCAAGGAGAAUGAGUUGAAGAGAGUGACGGCAAACACUUUUCAUGCCACUAUGAUGUUUGAAGUGGAGAAGUUGAUUUGGGAUGAACAGCAGAAGAAGUUUCAGGAAGAUCCAGAUCCAAAACGUCGACAAUUGAAAAAAGAUGUCGAGCCGAAAUCUUCUUUAGAGGAUGAGCCACCAUCCGGAAAACGGGUUACGUGGUCUUUUCCGCAGAAACCAGCUGUGGAAAAAGUUCAGAAACUUUUGAAGAAGCCGGACAUUUCGAUAGUUCCAGAAUGUGUUUAUGAAUACCAGUUGCAAACUUACAAUCGAAAACUACGCCCACAUUCGGACAAAUCUAAAAACCGCGACUUUGCGACUUUUGACUACAUUGUGGGAAUUUCAAAAAUUCCGAGAAAAGCGACUGCUAUUCCGGCUUCAUCGUCUUCAGCUACGUCAGUGUCGUCGAAAUCGGUCACCAAGUCAAGUUCGACGGAAGGCAAAAAAUGA